GGGUUUCGAUGCCUUUCGCUGCAGUUGCUGUUUUGCUGCUCUUGAUGGCAACUCUAGCUGCACUUAUCGGCCACUGCAACAACGACCACAAGACGUUAAUAGCCUGUGCUCUUUACACCUUAGCAGGUAAGGACUUCGUGAACAAAAUCAGUUUGGUGCUUUGGAUCUACAAGUCCAAUAGAUCUAGAAGUCACCGACAACUUUAUCCAAACUCCAUAACCAUAACUCCAAACAUUGGUGACAUUGUGGACUUGGAAAGAUAUGGUGGGCGUGACAUUUAA